UUAGGGGAAGGAAAAUAGGGUACAAUUUUUACAAAUCUCGGUUGAGAGGAGCGAGUAGGGUUUUUGUGUCUGAGAAAAAAGUGAAGAAGAACAAGUAUGAGUAGGAGUUUGGGAAUACCGGUGAAGCUUCUCCACGAGGCUUCGGGGCACGUGGUGACGGUGGAGCUCAAGAGCGGUGAACUCUACAGAGGGAGCAUGAUCGAGUGCGAAGACAACUGGAACUGUCAACUCGAAAGCAUCACCUACACUGCAAAGGACGGGAAAACAUCGCAACUUGAGCAUGUGUUUAUUCGAGGCAGCAAAGUCAGGUUUAUGGUCAUCCCAGACAUGCUGAAGAAUGCUCCUAUGUUUAAGCGUUUGGAUGCAAGAAUCAAGGGCAAGGGUGCAUCACUUGGUGUUGGUAGGGGCAGAGCAGUUGCAAUGCGAGCAAAGGCUCAAGCUGCUGGUCGUGGAUCUGCACCUGGAAGGGGUGUACCACCAGUGAGGAGGUGAUCACCUUUGAAAUAGUCUAUUUUUCCUGUCUGUUUGAUGUAAUAUUUUUAGAUUUUUUUUUUAUGUAGAAGUUUAUGAGAGACAAAUUCGAAUGGAAAUUGCGUAUCAAGACUUUACAGAUUACUUGCUCUAUUUAUGGGAUAUUACAAGAUCCCAAAUUUGUUCUCACUUCUCA